GGUGCCCGCAGACGUCUCUCCGCUCGGUCUCCUGCAAUGUGAUGGGAUGUCACUCGAUAUCGGCUCCUGAGAUCGGCUGGCAUAGAGGGCAGUGUCCGUCAGUCAUGCCCCCUCCCCCCUCAACCUCACCACCAUUGAGGUCGAGAUAGCUGCAAGAGAAAGCCGAGCAGGAUGUCUGUCAGCCACCCAUGUCCGUCAUACGACGGGCCUCCGAGAAACGUCGCCUUCAUCGAUCAACUGCAGUUUGACGACCGACUGCAACCGAGGCCGUAUUCAAUCGCCGGAACACCCCCGGAAUCGAGGAUCUUGAUUCUGGACGCUCAGAUAGUUGAUGCCACUGGGAAGGCACCCUACCGCGGAGAUGUCUUGAUUGUCGGCGAACGCUUCACGCAUGUCGGCCAAAUCCCCGAAAAGCAGUACCUGUUGGCAGAUCCCAACGUCAGGGUCUUCCAGGCGAACGGCCGAACCUUGAUUCCCGGCCUUGGUGAUGCCCAUACGCAUCUCACUUGGAAUGGAGGCGACCUGGAGCGUCUGGGUGAGCUGGGCAUCGAGGAGCACACUCUGUUGACGGCCAGGAGUGCUCGUUGCUUCCUCGAUUCGGGGUACACAAUGUGCUUUGGGGCUGCGUCGGCCCAGAAACGCCUGGACGUGGUCGUCCGAGACGCAAUCAACAGGGGGGAUAUUCCUGGUCCUCGCUGCCUCGCCAACGAACAAGAGAUAGCCCGCCGAGAUGGUGCUCUGGUGCCCGGAAUCACGGCCUAUGCCGACGGGCCGGAGGAAAUGCGCCAAGUGAUCCAUGAACAUGUGACCGUGGGAGUAGAUCAGGUCAAGCUGUCGAUGUCGGGGGAAUCGAUCACCCAAGUUCGCGAUGCUGAGGACUGCUAUUUUAGCCCCGAAGAGACGGCCGCAUGCGUGGACGAGGCUCAUAAACAUGGCAUCAGGUUGUGUGCCCAUGCGCGGGCCCGUGACUCAAUCCGGCAAUGCAUUGACUACGGAGUUGAGGUGAUAUACCAUGCCUCGUACAUGGACAAAGAAUCUAUGGACCUCCUGGAACAAAAGAGAACCCAACAUGUGGUCGUACCCGCCCUGAACUGGUUGGUUGCGACUCUCUACGAGGCGGAACCCUUCGGGUAUGCCACCGCAUCGGCCGAAAAGGCCGGCUACAAGAAGGAGCUUCGCGCUGCCAUUGUCGCACUUCGGGAGAUGCAUCGUCGAGGAAUUGUACUCUUGCCAGGCGGGGACUAUGGCUUUGCUUGGACGCCGCACGGAACGUACGCACGCGACCUAGAGCACUUCACCGAGCUCCUAGGCUUCACGGCGCACGAAGCCAUCAUUGCGGCCAGCUACGGGGUAGCCAAGCUCUUCAUGCGAUCGCAUGAACUGGGUCAGAUCAAACCGGGCAACUAUGCCGAUUGCGUUCUAGUUGACGGGGACCCGCUGCAGGACAUCGCGAUCCUGCAAGAUCAUCAGAAACUUAAUGUCAUCCUGAUCAACGGACGAGUCCACAAAGCAGGUCCACAGGAGGUGAUCAUGCAUUUGACCGAGAACCAUCAUCCGUCGCACAAGAUUGCUCCCAGCCCUAAAAACGAGGUCAAGGAAGUUAUAAUGCAGAAUGCCUACUGGAUCGCACUCCUUGGUUCUGCGGGGUGGUUAGUACUUGGUAUUGUGAUAUAUAUUCGCGGUAGUUGAGUUAGAUGGUGGAAGUAUAUAAUUGUUACCAUGCUGAGUGAUCUGCCCACGCUCAG